CCCUGCAUGUACUUGAGAGGACCUACCACUCUCCAGAAACAUCCUCACAAAGGAAGUCUGGUAGUCCAGAGAUGUGGAGGGCGCAAGGUAGGGAGUCCUGGCAAAUCAGUCGGGCCUCCGACAGCUCGUCCGUCCAAUUACCUUUGCGAUUACCGAAUCAGGCUCCGUUUGCAUACAUAGGUAAACAAACAAGCAAACAAAUCACCAGUCUAGACUACAUGUGUAUGUCUUAACCGGCCCUGAGAGUUGAGUUAACAACAAAUCCCGUAUUUACUCAUCCUCUGCCUUCUGCCUUCGUGCACUAUCACAAAAGAUCCGCCACUCUCUUACAGAUUAUUACUACCCAAGAUCAUCCUCGCCAACACCGAUCAUGUCUAGUAUCAAGAGGGAAUCGUCAGACAGACGAAGCACGAUGUCGACGCCUGCCACCAGUCACCCGAAGCCCGACCGCGAAACUCUCACUUCCACCGUUUCCACCGCUCCCACCACUCUCACUACAAACCCAGACCCAAACCCAUCACAGCUCCUCGACCUCCCAACCCUCACCGACACCCUCCCCCAACUCGCCCACAAACUCUCCGCCCUCGCCGCCGUGAUCUCCCGCGGUGAGAGCAUCGCCCUCGCCACAGGCCGUUCCUCCACCGUCACCGUCGCCGAGCACCACAGCAUCCCCGGCGCCAGCACCCUCUCCCUAGCCGAAGUAGCCGAGCUACAAACCUGCAGAAAGGCGAUCGACACAUCGGCAGAGGUACAGGCCCGUGUUAGAAGCGAGGUGCGCCGGUUGACCAAGGAGAUUCACGAGUGCAGCGAGGUCAUACGCAGUCGCUUGGUUAGUUUGCAGGCCAAGAAUCCCAAGUCGAAGCAUUAUGGGAAGGAGUUCAAGGGCCCCGAGAGGGCUGGUGGUGGGAGAUCCGAGUCUAACAUCCCAGCCAGGGCUGGCGCCCCUGUCUCGAUCGGGUCACAGCUUUCAAGCUCUGGUACGGAGUUGAUCCCCAAGGUCCAUGGUCGCUCUCGUGGAGACCUUCUGCGAGGAACGCAUCUGGAGGGCGUUCGUAAUUCGGUGUCCACGCUUGAAGGCAACGCCGCAAACGGUGAGGAUGUCCGGCUUUCACCCAGCCCUCCUCAGGGACACAGGUCCUCUGCUACAAGCGGUCAGCCAUCUCCAAGACAUUACCUCGGCGAUGUGGAACAGAGUGAGAAUAGGGGGGUUUUGGGGGAGAAGGGGGAGCAGCUCGAAGGGUAUAGCUGCUCCCAAGGUCGACGCCACAGCGGCGUCAGCGAACAGGGCCGGAGGGCUAGAAUAUGCUGUAUAUUUCUGCUUCAUAACGUACUUUGAUCUAUCCAAGGUGUAUCCAAAAAGUCUA